AUGUCAGAUUCGCAGACCAAGCGGAUUUACUGCGGCCAACAGAUAAACAUACCACCGACGUUCCCGCAUAUUCUGAAACUCUACACGAAAGCGGCAAUUCGCACGCAGCCGCACGAUCUUCUGCGAUGGACCGCCACGUAUUUCCGCGCUCUGGCGAACGGCGAGGUGCCUCCGGCGAAGGAUAGACUGGAAUAUCCACCCUUUAUACACCCCUCGGGCAUCACGCCCGGUUACCUGAGGACCCUGCUCAACAGAUUCGGUCACGUGAACAAGAUCUGCCUGAAAGCCCUCCUGCAGGACUGGCGAGGAUUGGAUUUACCCGAGACGGGUCUUUAUCAGCUUUUUAUGGUUGCCGGUUUAUUGCAGGAUAAAGAAUACUGUGACUUUUAUCGAUUCCUCGCGGUCGCCUGUGGAUUUUUAGGAAAUAAUCUUUUUGAGACGAUGAUAUACGUGUGCGAAUUACUGACGCACGAGCCGGAAGGCGGCUCGGCUAUGAUACCCUUGAGGAUUUUCUUGGAUCUCUACGGAUAUCUGGCGGAUCUCGAUUGCGGCGGCGAGCCUCACCGUCGCAAAGCCGAGCGCACCGAUUCCCCGCACGACGCGACAACGUCCGUCUCGGAGCCGUCGUCUGGCACGAUCGAUUUGACGACGAGAGCUUGCAGCUGUGACUUUUCGGAACGCAACGUCGAUGUGCGGGAGACAACUGAUGAUGCAUUCGAGUUUAACUUGGAGAGUGAGGAGGGUGUCAUAGGGGAAGCGGAAGCGAUCGACUCCGAGACUACGACUACUUGGAUCGGUCUUGAAAACUCGUCGGAGAUCUGCCGAUGCCUCGACGAAUCCGAGAGCGACCAGACGCCACCGCCCGACCCGCUGAAAGAGUUCCUGAAGAGGAUGCGGGCGGAGGUGGAGGCGGGUCGUCUGGAAACAAUCUUCCGGGUAUCUGGAAUCGGUCCGCCGGUGUCGCCCGAGCGUGUAACAGCUGUUGGACUGUGGCUGGCAGACUGCGCGCGUCGUCAGGAGGGUCUGGUCGGGCCGCGUAAUAUCCGCCACUUUCUCUGUCCGAAUCUCGAUGAUAUUUUGGAGUGCGAUUGCACGUAA